ACUAGAUACUUGACAGCCUUCAGCAUCCAACGCAGCAAGGUGCUUCAAUCAUGGGUCUGGAGCAGAUGGAUGGAGGCAACGCAUUCAGCAGUUCCGACUCCACUUACGCAACGCCACUCACGGAACAAUGGCCACCACAUGAACCUCGCAAGCCCAUCCAACAUCCAAAACUACCUCGGGAGAUUAGAGCCGUGAAAGAUGCUGGGAAAUACGUCUCGCCUGGCAAAAACAUUGUCGUGUGCCUCGAUGGCACUGGUGACCAGUUCGAUGCCGACAACAGCAACAUUGUUCACUUGGUGAGCUGUCUCAAAAAAUCCAGUCCCGAUCAAGUCACCUACUAUCAAUCGGGAAUUGGCACCUACGAUGGCGGCGGAUUGUCGAACGGCAUCAACGCUGCCAUGGACAUGGCUGUCGGGUCUGGGCUGGGAGUGCACAUACGAGAUGCCUAUCGGUUCAUCAUGGCAAAUUACAAUGAAGGCGACAAGAUCAGUCUGUUUGGGUUCUCGCGAGGUGCAUACACCGCUCGAUGCUUAGCUGGUAUGUUGCACAAGGUGGGAUUACUGCCUGCUGGCAACCAAUCACAAGUGGAAUUCGCGUAUAACUACUACAAGGACGAUUCUGAAGAGGGCUGGCAAAUGAGUAGAGACUUCAAGAAAACUUUUUGCAUGAGUGUCACUGUCGACUUCAUAGGUGUCUUUGACAGUGUAGCCUCGGUGGGCUUCAUACCUCGUAAGCUCCCGCUGAGUAGCACACCAACCCACCGACCUGCUCAUUUCCGCCAUGCCAUGGCCCUCGACGAGCGCAGAGCUAAGUUCAAGACAUGUCGAUAUCAGCAAAAAGACAGCCUGGAGGCAAAAUACAAGAUCUCAGCCGAAGGUGACAUCGUCGACACCGAUGUCCUCGAAGUGUGGUUCACAGGAUGUCACGCUGAUGUCGGCGGCGGUGCCGUCAAAAACGUAGAACGCCACAAACUCUCGCAAAUCCCCCUCCGAUGGAUGAUCCGACAAUGCUUCGAAUGCGACACGGGAAUCAUUUUCAAAGUACACGCGCUCGCCGAAGAAGGCAUCGACGUGCACACUCUCUGGCCCAUCUACGAAAAACCCACACUUCCUCACGGCGGCCCCCCUCCCGAUAUGCUGGACAAAUACCACCGAGGAGCCCUCGGACCCAUCCAGCGGAGAUCAUCUCUUCUCGAACCCGUCGACAAGAACGACGAACGGGGAAUGCACCAGUUGAAAAUCUAUCGUGACGACCACGAGCACGACGACGACGACAGUUCCGAGAAAGAGGCUGGGACCAUCAUGCAUGAACAAUGGACACCGGAGCAAGUCGAAGACUACUUCGAUGCCUUGCAAAGAGUCAAUGAUCAACUUGUGGACGCCAAAGGGUGGUGGAUUCUGGAAGUGUGGCCUAUCAAGGUCAGGAUACAACCCAAGGGGACAGAUGAAUGGAUCAAGAAGCUCAGACUCAAUCUUGGAAGAAGGAGAUGUAUUCAAGAGUGGGCUCCACACUUGCAUUGGACGGUGAAGCAUAGAACGGAGACGAUGGAUUACAAGGUGAAGACGAGAAUGGAUCGGAACUCGGAAUGGCGUGUUGUGAUUUGAAAGAACCCGAGUAUUAGA